AUGUCCUUUGACGCAUCGCCGUGGGCAGCUCCGGCUGCGGAGAACGCUGCUGAGCCGACAGUAGCCUCAGCCUUGGAAAAGGAAAAAACCAUCAAGGAUAUCAUGACCCUACGAGAUGGACUUCGCGGGCUGCUCGUCCGCGUCACCGAGGUCGAGGCGGAUAAUGACAAGCUCAAGCGGGAGAAUGAGAUGCUGGCGACAUAUGUGGAGAACUUGACAAGAAACUCGGUCGUCGCUGCUGGUGCCAAGCGAUAA